AUGCCCAAUAAAGAUAUAUGUAUAGAUAGACAACUUCCAAUGAUGGAUUCCAAGGAAGUUGUGGUUCAUGUGAAGAACCUUGAGAAGUCGAAAACCAACGAUGAAGCAGUUUUACAAAUACUAAGUGUUCUUGAGAAAGAAAUUGUUCCAACUGAGAAGCUGUUGCGAGAGACCAAAGUUGGUGUGGAAGUGAACAAGUUUAAGAAGUCAGGCAAUCCUGAGAUAGCCAGAUUAGUCAAGAAAAUGAUAGGAUCAUGGAAGGAUGCUAUCAAUAGGAGUAAAAAAAGCAAGCUACAACAGGCGCAAUCACAAGAUAUCCCAACACCUAACAACGGCCCAUCGACCGGUAAUGUCGAAUCAAAGAAACAAGAAAAAUUCGUAUCGACUAAACCUAGAAGUAGCAGAAAUGAUGGUGUGGAUACAAACAUUUACAAUCAUAAGCUCCGUGAUAUGGUAAUCAAAGCAUUAUAUGAUGCUAUCGCGAAAGAAAGUGAGCAUCCUCCAAAAUCCAUUCUUACAACAGUUAAAUCUAUCGAAGAGGAGUUACACAAGUUGAAUAACUGUGAAACAAAGGAAAAGGGCUAUAAGGAAAAAUACCGUGUUAUCUAUUCCAAUAUUAUUUCAAGGAAUAACCCAGAUUUGAAGCACAAGAUUGCAAAUGGCGAUAUUACACCUUUCUAUUUGGUCAACUGUGAUCCAAAGGAGCUAGCUCCAGAGUAUUUGCGGAAAAAGAUUGAAGAAAUUGCUAAACAAAACUUAUUUAAUGCUCAAGGUGCUACAGUUGAGAGAUCUGUCACCGAUAGAUUCACCUGUGGUAAGUGUAAAGAAAAAAAAGUCUCUUAUUAUCAACUCCAAACAAGAUCUGCUGAUGAACCUCUGACCACUUUUUGUACAUGUGAAGUCUGUGGUAAUAGAUGGAAAUUCUCCUGA